AUGGAUGUUCACCAGCGAUACCCGCAGGCCAUUGUCCUGCCAGCUCUAUCAUUUUUCUCCAUUGCUCUCGCUAUUCCACCUCUGAUACUACAUGGAAAGAACCGUAACUUUUCCGCUACCAGUCUGAUAUUCUGGUCCAUUCUUCUCAAUCUCUUCAACAUCAUCAAUUCCCUCAUCUGGCCCACGGACGAUGUCGAUUCAUGGUGGGACGGCGCCGGGCUCUGUGAUAUCGAACUCAAGUUUAUGGCAGCCAGCUAUAUUGGUAUUCCCGGAAGCUUGGUAUGCAUUUUUCGAAGUCUUGCAGUUGUUCUUGAUACAGAUCGAGCUACAUUGGUCCCCAGCAAGGGUCAACGUUGGCGAAAACGGUUCACGGAGAUUCUGUUCUGUGUGGCUGCUCCAGUCCUUGCGAUGAUCACCCAGAUUGUCUGGCAAAAGAGUCGAUACUUGCUGUAUGGCAUCUCGGGAUGUGUGAAUGAUUUUGACGAGAGUUGGGUCAGUCUCGUACUUGCAUGGAUCUGGCCACCGGUCAUCUGCCUCAUCGCCACAUAUUAUUGCUGCCUGGUACUCAUUCGCGUGCACAAAUAUCGAAGCGACUUUGCAAAUGUCUUGCGCGCCUCGAGCAGCAACCUUAGCAAAUCCCGCUUCUACCGCCUCUUCUUCCUCGCCCUGUCCAUGCUCAUCUGCAUACUCCCUCUACAGAGCUACGUCCUCUAUAGAAACAUCGAUCUCUCCCUUCCUUGGUCUUCCUACUCAUGGAGCAAAAACCACGGAGCUAAAUGGCUUGUAAUCGACAGGCGAGCAUCCCACGGUGAGGUCUUCUUUGACCGCUGGACACCCGUCGCAUCGGGCUUCAUGAUCUUUGGAUUCUUCGGCUUCGGCCGCGAUGCCACCCGCAUGUACCGCACCGUCUUCUGGUACUUAGGACUUGGAUAUUGCUUCCCAAACUUCGAUCCCCCAACAUCCAGCCAAAUCACCCCGCCCCCUGCGCAUGCCUCGACAAGCACAACCCUCGUCGACUCCAUCGGUUCCAUCAGCUCCCGCGCCAAAUCACUCUUCUCCCGCAAGGACUCAGGCACAUACACCGGUCCCUUUUCGUCAAACCGUGCUGCCUACAACGAUCUUGAAAAGGGAACUAUCACUACUGCUUCGCACCUCUCUCGAAGCCAAAGCUUGAACCAAUCCACCGCCAAAAAGUCUCGCUGGACCAAUCUUCCCUGGUCACUCUUCAACAGACCCCGAGUCUGCCAAGAUACAGAUGGAACCCAGCUGUGCAAGCUCUCUCCCCCCUUGCAGACAGUCAGCACAAACGCCUGGGCAAGCCGCCAUGAAAGUCUGGAUUUGUCUACUGAGCAUGUUCUGCCUCAGCGCCCUGGGGAUUUCAUUCAUGUGAGACGGGUUAUCAGCCAGCAGAGCGAGGUUGAAUUCCAGAUUUAG